AUGUCUUCGAGCAAAUCAGAUGACUCCAAAGGAGCUAUUGUAGAGCGCCUCGGAAAUUUCGAAGAGAUACAAUCCAAGCGCCCGGACUUUGACCACUCGAACGCCUCAAUUGAGGUUACAAAAUCCCCCAAUCCAACGUGGUCUUACGGCCAGGGAGUCCGCACCCGGAAAAGCAACUCCGCAUCCCACAAGGAAAUUGACCCAUACGCAUCAGAUCGAUCAAUGAUCAAUAACUACCGCCUUCUCGUUUCUGGAAUCGCACCAAGGCCGGUUGGAUUUCUCAGCACCUUGUCAAAGGAUGGCAAGAAGAACCUUGCGCCUUUUAGCUAUUUCCAAGUCAUUGACCAUGACCCACCCAUGUUUAUAGUCGGUUUCUCAUCGAGACCCGGUGCUGUCAAAGACUCGUAUAGGAAUCUCAAGGAGACGGGCGAAUGUGUCAUUAACACAGUGUCGGAAGAUAUGAUUGAGGCUGUCAACGCUACCUCCAUCGACGCUCCGCAUGGAGUCUCUGAGUGGGUUAUCUCAGGGCUGCACGAGGGAGAGACUACAACGGUGCAGCCAUCAAGAGUUCUGGAGUCAGUGUUUUCGAUAGAGGCAAAAGUGGUAGACAUCAAAGGAUUCAGUGACCACGCGAAAGAUGGAAAGAGUGUCGCCGGAAUGGUUUUGCUUGAGGCGACGCGGUUUUGGGUCAUGGAGGAUGCUGCUGAUCCUGACUUCAGUCAUAUUGAGCUCGAGAAGUUACGUCCCGUGGGCCAGCUGGGAGGAAAGUCGUAUGGACGCAUCACGUCAACGUUUGAGCCAGCUCAACGCUCAACGCUGUCCAAACCUGACGCCCCUUUCCCUCUCACUAUCUUUGUUCGUCAAACACCAGGAUCUACCAAGAUGACCUCUGAAGUUACCUCAACAACUUCUAUCAUCGCAGAAGAUGCGUGGAAGUCCCUCGUCGAGCGCAGUAUCAACGAAUGGAAUUCGCCAAGUGGAAACAUGCAUGACUUCGCGAUGGGAUUUCUGCAGAAUUACACAAGCCUAGACGAUUUUCUACGCAGUCCACGGGAACUCCCGCUCUUUUGGUUCUUUCAAAGGAGAGAAGCCUUUCUUUCGCAACAGACAUUCACGAAAUGGAACAGAGAUCGGCUUGAGGACUAUGUUCUUCUUCCUGCCCUCAACAACUUCGUCAUGCGAUCAGAGUGUUUCUUCGUCAGUCACUUUUGGACCACGAGCAACGACCCGGAUCCUGAUGGCUCUUGUCUGCGUCUUCAUCAGAAAGAGCUCGGGGUUCAGAGUUGGUCGCACAUCUGGGUCGAUUGGACCUGUCUGCCUCAGUACCCCCGGACCGAGAGUGAAGAGGAAUACUUCCUGCGAGGGCUGGAAACAAUGCCUGGAAUCAUUCGCAAUUGCGGUUUCUCGUGGUUCUAUCCCGGGUUUGAGCCGCGCCUUUGGAUCCUGUAUGAAAUUGCAGAGUAUACCCUGACCUGUGAUGGGGGUAUCGAGGAGUUUGAGGAUAAUCAGGAGUUCGUGAAGCACAUUCAAGAAAUGCAGGAAACUAGCGUUCCAUCGGUGUUGCGCAAGUACGGAUACAGGUGUAGCGACGAGCGAGACAAAGACUACUUGACGUCGUGUUUGGAGAUUCUCGUUUACUUGAUACGGUUCGGCAUAGACAUGGGCGAGGUCAGAAGACUAAUGUCUAACGUCUUGUGGUUUUCUUUCACUCCAGAUAUAAUGUACCAGAGUCACCUUGGACUUGUGCAAAUUUGGAGGUUCGAAGGGGCGCUGGAAUUUCAAGGCCAACGUUACGAGUUUACACCAUUCCCCAAAUGGGGAGAGGGCAAAUACUCCGCCAAUGCAAAGCGGUUGGGAGAUAUGGAACCUUCCAGCUAG